UAGUGCAUUCCCCAAAAUGCCCCUCCAAAGGUUACUAAUUGCGUAAUGGUAACCCUACGAAGCGUCAAUAAAUACGACCCCCCUAACCUGCGUUUCUUCCCUUUCUCCCUCCUUCUUUUCCCCCCUCCUUAGUUUCCAACCAUGCUUUCUGUUUCUGCUCUUCAGGGAAGCGGAAGCCCAUUCCGGGCCUUGGCCUUGGACUGGGAUGGGCCUCACUUUUUGGGCUCCAAGCCCACCGUCACUUCGAGUUCCGGCUCGGACGACCCCAACCGAACCCCUGAAAAACCGGCCUCGGACGAGUCGAACCGCGUUGCGUCCGUGACAGAGGAGCGAAAACGCAGGCGAAUGUUUUCGAACCGGGAAUCGGCCCGAAGGUCACGCAUGCGUAAACAGAGACACUUAGAGAACUUACGGAACCAGGUGAACCUGUUUAGGGUUGAGAACCGCGAACUGAACAACGGCUUGCACUUCCUCCUUCACCACUGUAACCGCCUACGAACCGAAAACGAGUGGCUCCGGUCCCAAAGAACCCUGCUACUCCAAAAACUGGCCAACAUAAAUCAACUUUUGCUUUUCCAACAAUUGCAAUCAUUUUCCUCUGCAUGGCCCUGCCAUAUUCUCGAGACCGAAUAAACCUUUCAUCACCAAUAACUACGUUAACUAAUCACAAUUCGGCCUCCGUUAAAUACACUAAAGGCAGUAACUUGUCUUAAUUUGUUGUCUCUGCAAAUUAUUAAGAGUAGUAAAAGGUGCAGUAGGGUGGGGUUGGGGUAUCCGUGCUUUUUUGGGGAAAACGGUAACGGUUUUGGAAAAUAUAUCCUUAGUUCUUUUUUUCAAAACCAUAAGGCUAGUUAAUAUCGA